AUGAUUGAGUCGAUCGACUUCAAUGCUGUAAAGGAGGCAUUUGAAACAUCUUCGAAUAUAUAUACAGCGUCUCCCGAGAACCUUUCACCCAUUGCUGUGGAUCAUCACAUUGUGUUUAGAAAUCUAACGAAUGCGGAGAGGCAGCGCUAUUGGCGUAAAGGACUCGAGGCGAUUUCUCGUGGUGAAAUGGCCGCCAUUGUUCUUGCAGGAGGACAGGCUAGUCGACUUGGAUCAACUGCUCCAAAAGCGGUGAAGAUUGCUCUACUUGAGAGAUUAGCUGCAAAAGAAUUUCCUCAGCAGAAGGAGAAAGGCAAAAUUCAAUGGUAAGU